CAAAACUGUCCGUACGAUGGGGUGCAUGCUCCCCUCGCCGCAGCGCGCGUGCCCGGGCGCCCCGCCGCCGUCGCUGCCGCCGGCGGAGGACCUCCUCUUCGAGAUCCUCCUCCGCCUCCCGCCCGACCCCGACUGCCUCCACCGCGCCGCGCUCGUCUGCAGGCGCUGGGGCCGCCUCAUCCACGGCCCGGCCUUCCUCCCCCGCUUACGCGCAUUCCACCGAACACCUCCCGUGCUCGGCUUCUACCACAACUCCCGCUCCCUCGGCCCCUCCUUCGUCGCCCUCGCCGCGCCCGCGGGGCCCUCGCUCGUGUUCGGCGACGGCGACUGGAGCCUCCUGGGAUGCCGCCACGGCCGCGUGCUCCUCCGCAGCGGGCCCGGCUGGCUCCAGCUCCUCGUCUGGGACCCCGUCACUGGCCACCGCAGCUCCGUCCGCCUCGGCCGCCUCGCGGGCCACGUCCGGGCCUGCAACGCCGCGGUUCUUGGCGACCAGGACACCCGCCGACACGGCUCCUUCCGCGUCGCCUUCGUGUUCACCGGCGAGGGCCGCGCGUCCGCCUGCCUCUAUUCGUCGGAGACCGCCGCGUGGGGCAGGCUGAUCACCGCGGGGACAGCGCGCUGCGGCGACGUGGGCAAGAAGCCCAGCGCGCUCGCCGGGGACGCGCUCUACUGGGCGCUCGACGACGGCCGACGGCGACAUCCUCGAGCUCGACAUGGGCAAGGAGACCCUCGCCGUGGUCGAGCCGCCGCCGCCCGACGCUCUGGCUCUGUACGGGAGGAGCAGCAUCCAGCUGAUGGCCUCGCCGGACGGCGCACUCGGCCUCGCCGUGAUGGACGUGUUCAGCCUGCAGCUGUGGGCGCGGGAGGCUGGCGGCGCCGAUGGCGUCGCAAGCACCAGCAGCUGGGUGCUUCUCAAGAGCAUUGACCUCGACGUGUUCGCUCCAAUGCCAUUGCCAUGCGCAGGUGGGCGGGUGAUUCUGGUGCCGCCUGUCCGGCUGCUCGGGGUUGACGAAGGUGGCAUCUCUGCGUUCAUAUGGACAAUUGAGGGGAUCUUCAUGCUCCAUCUUGAAGAUGAGAUGCUGAUGAAGAAGGUGGCUGCUUCCAGAGUGGUGGACUUUGUUUAUCCCUAUUCAAGCGUCUAUGUUGCAGGUGGAGGUGGUGAAGGUGAAGAUGCUGGUGCAGUUCAUGGAAGUGGACGGCUGUAGGAUCUUUGGUUUGCAGAGGUGUUCAAGGAUCAGCUAUGCAUCUGCACUGCUUUCACCAAUGUCUAACGUAUUAAGCACAUACUACCAUAUAAGUAUUAUUAGCUAUUCUAACUUAUGUUAGAUCACGCAUGUUUCAGUCGUAAAAGGCCAAUGUGUCAGUUGCUCUAUGUUUGAGAUUACAGCUAAUACUCCAUUGAGCAUAUAUUUGCUUUAUGCGAAGAUAUUAUCAGAUUAUCUUUAUGCUCCGUA